UAGUCCUGCCUCUUGCCCAAAUCCCAAACCCUACCUCGCCAGCGCCACCCUCCAGAUCCCGAGAGCUCCCCUCGUUCUCCGUCCCUCCGGCGCCAGACAUGCGGAUCCGCAGGGCCGCCUCCCGCCUGCUCGGCGUCGCCCCCUCCGCCGCCUCCUCCUCCCAGCCGCCCCGACCCAAUCUGCCUCCGCUCCGGCCAGCCGACGGCGGCGGCCCGCCGCCCUGCGUGACGAACAUGGCGGUAGCGGACCUGAUGGACCAACUCGGCAUCCAAGAUCCCGAGGAUGACAAGCACUUCAAGGAAACUUACUUCUGGGAUGGCCUUCCUAGCCUUCCCAAACACCAUCCCUGGGGAUCUAGGUAUCAUUUCCCAGCCACCACCUGUGCCGACUCUAUUGAGGAAAAAGAGGAGAUGGCCGUUGACAUGCUCGAUGACAUCAUCUUGGAACCGCGUAUCGUGGAGAAGAACUCUGAGAAAAACAAGAGCACCACGACGAAGGGUGAGGAAGAGAAGAACAAGAGCAAGCAAGAGACAAAAGGGAAGGGGAAGGUGGAGGCAGAUGAGAGUGAUGCUGCCAGAGGAGGAUGGCCAUGCAAGCAGAAUGAAAGGCGGUUCUGCGGGCGGACCGCGAGCCAGCCCAACUCGUACUGCUUGCACCACUCUCACCAGAAGCCUCGUGCCAUCUUGAAGCCAGCUCAUAGCAAGAGGAUCACUGCCCACCGUGACUUGGGACUAGGGUUCUACUACUAUGAUGGGUUCGGCCCGUCAGGCAACACCAAGAGGCAACGCGGAUCAAGCAGUUUGCCAGAACCUAUUGAACAGAAAGAGGAGGUGUCGCCUGAACACCACGUCGAUUUUAGUGCAGGUCUGGUUGGAGUUGCUGACGAAGAAAAUCAAGUCGCGUCGGAGUCAGAAUACAUUGACAAGGCUAGGUCCGACGAUUGCACUGAUGUCACAAUCGCUAGCUACGACGAUGGCAGCAACGAUGAAGACUCGCCUGACUACAAUGGCGAAAACAUUAAGGUGAGCAAGAACACAUCGAAGAAGAGGGGGAAGAAGCCUUUGAAAGCCCGAUCACUCAAGUCAUUGAUGUGAUAAGAGCACGGUCGCACUUGUGUCUCUGUGGGAAACAAUAUAGUAGAAACUAUAUGGAUAUUCUGUUGUACUGCUUUUUAACUGUGGUGCUAGCUUUUGUGCUAGCUAUUAAAAGAGUUCCAUGUACUCCAAUAGAGUUCCAUAUACUCCAAUAUACAUA